GUGGCCAACCAAAUACCAAACAAAGACAAACCUUCUUCUUCUUCGUCUCUCUCUCUCAAAGAAACCUUCCUGAAAUUGUCUUUCGUCAAUUCUCUUCUUUUUUCUUCAACGCCAUAACUUUCUUAUUUCUGGGUUUCCGGGAAAGCUUUCAAGAGGAUCUAAAAGGGUAUAGUCUCAGAGCUUUUGUUUGUGUGGUAAGUUUCUCAUUUUUCUGAAUUUUUCUACCUUUCGUUUCUCAUCAAUCUGGUGGGGUUGGUCUAAGAGCUGAACUCGUCUUGGGUUCCUGAGGUUUUGUUGAAUUGAGCUUUUGUGGGUGUGAUUUUGUGAAAACAGGGUUCUGGUUCAAUUUUCUGAAUUGGGGUUUUGGUUGAUCUGACUUAAGGAAAAGUUUUCACCUGCUUCUUGACCCUUUAGAGUGGUUGAUUUUGGGUGCUUAGUUUAAAGUUGUACAAGCUUGCGGUUAUUGAGUUCCUUGAGUUGAUCUGAGCUGACAAGUAGUAGAAAAGGUUUCACCUUUGAGUAGCUUGAAUUUUUGCGUGUUGUCGUUAUUGAAUUCCUUAACUUUCUUCGUUUAUACCACCGGUUUGAUCAAGAACAAGGAUCUGCUGAACUUGGGCGUUUGUCAAAAUCAUUUCUUUUGGCUUUGAAAUUGAUCUUUAGGAAUGUGAACACUGGAAAGCAACAGACUGAAAACGCUUACAUCGAAAACACACAAGAGGAAAUUGUUACUGUAUUGCUGAUAGAUUUACAUGAUUGAGAAGAGCUCAGCGGAUGGUAUGGAAUUUUCACCGUUGAUCACGGUUCUAGAGGGAGAUUUCAACAUGGACAAGGCUUCUGCAGCAGAGAUUGAUACUUUAGAUGACUCUAAGCAAAUGAGUAAAGGAAAACCUCCAAGGCACGUUUCUUCUAUGCAACAUAUCACAAGCACUACUACUAGUAGCCUGCAGGAUGUGGAUGUUUGUAGUUUGGUUAUGAAGUCACCUGAUGAAAAAUCAGAGUUUCUGCCUGUAUACCGAUCAGGAAGCUGUGCUGAACAAGGAGCAAAACAGUUUAUGGAAGAUGAACACAUAUGCAUUGAUGAUCUUGUUCAGCAUCUUGGUGCAUCUGAUGAUUUCUCAUCUCUUGGAGCCUUCUAUGGGGUGUUUGAUGGCCAUGGAGGCACAGAUGCAGCACUGUUUGUCAGAAAGAACAUACUGAGAUACAUUGUAGAGGACUCCUACUUCCCACUAUGUGUUAAAAAAGCAAUUAAGAAUGCUUUCUUGAAAGCUGAUUACGAAUUUGCAGAUGAUUCUUCCCUUGACAUCUCUUCUGGAACCACUGCCCUUACAGCUUUUCUUUUUGGAAGGAGGUUGAUAAUUGCAAACGCUGGUGAUUGCCGAGCGGUGCUUGGCAGAAGAGGCAGAGCAAUUGAGUUAUCCAAAGACCACAAACCAAACUGCAUCGCCGAGAAAGUAAGAAUAGAAAAUUUAGGUGGAGUUGUGUAUGAUGGCUACCUCAACGGGCAACUAUCAGUUGCACGUGCCAUUGGGGACUGGCACAUGAAAGGCCCCAAAGGCUCUGCUUGUCCCUUAAGCCCAGAGCCAGAGUUGCAAGAAACCGACCUUAGUGAAGAAGAUGAGUUCUUGAUAAUGGGGUGCGAUGGUCUUUGGGAUGUGAUGAGCAGUCAAUGCGCGGUGACAAUCGCUAGGAAAGAACUGAUGAUUCAUAAUGAUCCAGAGAGAUGCUCUAGAGAGCUGGUGAGGGAGGCUCUUAAAAGGAAUACGUGUGAUAAUUUGACUGUGAUUGUUGUGUGCUUCUCUCCUGAUCCUCCACAGAGGAUAGAGAUCCGGAUGCAGUCAAGGGUGAGGCGGAGUAUAUCUGCGGAAGGGCUAAAUCUACUUAAAGGUGUGCUUGAUGGUUAUCCCUAAGCAUGUUCUUGUUGUUCUGUCUUUACUUUGUGAGAGGCUAUUGUCAUGUUAGAGAUGUUUGUGUUCUGAGUAUGUUGUUGUUGCCUACAUUAGUAUUCAACAUUCAUUGAGAUUUUUGAUGGAUGCAUGUAUCACGCUUUUGUAAAUAACUUUUUUUUACUUGUAAAAUAUAUAUAUGAGAGCUUCUUCUUUGCUUA